AGUCGGUUCGUAAAUGUCACAGUUGUCACACUGAGCGUGAUUUUUAUAAUGUUCAUGAAAUCGUGAUUUUUUUUUACGUGAUUUUAUUUUAUAACGAUUUCCUUGAACUUCCACCAUGUCGCAAAAGGAAAAGCCAGCCACUGACAACUUUAACUCCACAGCGGACUUAACGAGUAAUCCCGGCUUCCAAUCAUCACUCAGUAUUGCUUCUAAGGAUGUAAUCAAUGAAAAAGCGUACAAUCCCUUCGAGCACAGACAAGUGGAACAUCCUACGACAACUGUAGGUGCAAUCGCACAUAUUCUGAAAGCAUGCAUCGGCACAGGAGUUCUGGCUAUGCCCGCUGCCUUCAAGAACGCUGGUCUACUAGCUGGUGUCAUAGGAACAGUGUUUGCUGGUCUUGUAUGCACUCAUACAGUUCAGAUGGUGGUAAGAAUAUCACAGCGAGUCUGCGUAGAAGCUAAAAAGCCUUCCAUGAGUUUUGCAGAGACCUGUGGCGCGUCAUUCGAGUUUGGGCCAAAGCGGUUGCGGCAAUGGGGCAAUUUUGUGAAAACGUUGAUAGAUUACUCUAUGGCAGUAACGUACCUCAGCGUUCUAUGUGUCUACGUUGUUUUCAUUGGAUCUUCCUUUAAAGAGGUAUUAGACUACUACUAUCCAGGGUAUAUCCUUUCGAUCCAGACGUACUGUGUUCUCACACUGGUUCCCUUGGCACUGCUAUGUCAAAUACGAAAUUUGAAGUACCUAGUGCCGUUUUCUGCAUUGGCAAAUGCGCUGUUGGUUGUGGUAUUCGGCAUUACAUUGUAUUAUGUGUUCGUUGACUUACCAUCGAUUUCUGAACGGGAAAUGGUUGCUAACGUCAAUCAAUGGCCGUUGUUUAUGAGUACCGUGAUAUUUGCAAUGGAAGGUAUCGGCGUGGUGAUGCCGGUGGAGAAUGAAAUGAAGCAUCCACAAAGGUUCCUUGGCUGUCCAGGAGUAUGGAACGUUUCCAUGGUGAUCGUCAUCACCCUUUUCGGGAUUGUCGGUUUCUUCGGCUACCUGCAAUUCGGAGAUUUAGCAAAGGGCAGCGUGACUCUCAACCUCCCUGAGGAUGACCUGAUUGCGCAAGCGACCAAAAUCAUCAUGGCGGUCGUGAUAUUCUUCUCCUAUGCGCUUCAGUUCUAUGUGCCGAUGGAGUUUAUCGGUAGAUUACUUCAGAGGAGACAGUCUAGAAGUUACGAGAACGUGAUUCAAAUUGGUAUCCGGACGACUAUCGUGACUUUUACGGUUGCCGUCGCCGCAGCGUUCCCCAAUCUCGAAUUGGUGAUCAGCUUCGUUGGCGCCAUUUUCUUCUCCACCCUUGGCCUGCUCAUCCCAGCCAUCAUCGACACGGUGUACCACUGGGAAAAGGGCUUUGGAAAGUUCAAUUAUCGAUUACACAAGAACAUUAUAAUCAGCGUUAUUUCUAUCAUUGCUUUAAUAUCUGGAGCUUACGUUUCUAUACUUGGCAUGAUUGAAGAUUUCUCGAAUAGCGAACAAGAAACUGAAGUGCACAAUAGUACGCUAAUGUAUUGAAUUUUGGAGUCGAGCUAAACCAGCAAUGAGAAGUAUAUUGUGAUUAAUUACCCGAAUUGUACAUUACUGUUUUUUUUAUUCUUAUAACAAUAAUUUUAUAUAUGUGAAGGUCUGUCUGUCGGUCUGUUUUUGAAUAAAAUUUGGCAUACAGAUAGUUUAAUCAAGAAAUGGCAUAGAAUAGUUUUUAUCACGGAAAUCCUUCGAGAACGGGAACUAUAGGGAGAAACCCCCGUAUAUUUUUAAUUAUUCCUUUGACUACGCGGGCGAAGCCACUGGAAUAAAGGUUAUUUAAUAAUAUUGUAUUUAUUAAUAAGAACAGAAAGUUUGUUUCACAGCGAAUGGUAAGCUUUUAGUUAAUUAGAAGAAUCGCAAACUGCAGUUUUAUAAUUACGUUAAGUAGAAACGAUUCCUUAAAUAAUUUGUACGUGAUAGUUUAUUUGAUAUAUUUGCUUUGUCUUGACCAACAAUGUUAAUUUAUGAGAUUCGUCCAUUCAUACUUUAAUGUAUGUAGAAAAAAAAUCAUACGUAGAAUAUAAACCAGUCACUAAUAUUGAAAUAACUAACAAAAACGUUAA